AUGGCCUCCAACCGGCUUGACAAAGAAGAAGGUGCAAUUUUAGGCUACUCGGUGUUCCAAUAUUUACAAUAUGCGAAAGCAAGACGAUAUGCUCAUACCAGAGCUAAUUUAAGAAAAUUUUUAGAACAAUUUGGCAAACAACUAAGAGAAAUUGGAAGCAUAGUUGAACGUGAGAUAUUUGGUCAUAAAUAUUUUGAAGGGUAUGAUUACCAUGAUCACUCGUUUGAGCAUAAUUAUAGGUGUUACCCUGCAUCUCUUAUUGAAAAGCCACAUCUCGAAGCUGGUGGGAAGCUCAUAAUGCCUGCCUCUGCUCUCCAUUACCUCUCUUAUCUAGACAUUGACUACCCGAUGCAAUUUGAGCUGUCGAAUGUUGCUGCAAACAGGUCUUCACACUCUGGCGUUUUGGAGUUCACUGCAGAAGAAGGCCUGAUCUACAUGCCACAUUGGAUGAUGGAAAAUUUACUUCUAAAAGUAGGAGAUACAGUACAUGUCAGAAAUGCCAGCCUCCCCAUGGGCACAUAUGUUAAGAUGCAGCCCCACACUAAAGAUUUCUUGGACAUCUCAAACCCAAAGGCCAUCCUGGAAACUACACUAAGAACCUUCUCAUGUUUGACAACCGGUGACAGUAUCAUGGUAUCAUAUAACAAGAAGAAGUAUUACAUAGAUAUUGUGGAAACAAAGCCUUCUUUUGCAAUUAGCAUCGUUGAGACAGACUGUGAGGUUGAAUUUGCACCUCCUCUUGAUUGCAAAGAACCUGAGCGACAAGAAACUCCAGUCCUUAGAAGCAAAGCACCAGCUGAAGUUGGGGAAGCGCAGGUAGAGGAGGAAGUUGAUCACAAAUUCACACCAUUUACCGGCACAGGAAGAAGGUUAGAUGACAAUACCCCAAAGGACAGAGCUUCGACCAGUGCUUCCACAGUGAAGGAUAGAGGAUGUGUUGCCAUCAACAAUGUCAAGCAAUCAAUGCCAUCAGCUUCACAGAGUACCUCGCGGCAAAGAAAGGGAAAGCUUGUUUUUGGUGCAAGUUCCACUUCCAACAAUGCUUCAAGAGAACCAAACAAGGCCAUCUCCAAAGAAGAAAAAGUAGAAGCUGCUAAGAAAGAAGAAUCAAAGGUCCAAGCCUUCACUGGAAAGAAAUACUCCUUGACAGAUUGA